ACCCACACAGGAGAAUUGUUACCAGGAAGGUUCAGAGAAGAGAGAUUCCUGAAAAGAUAGAAGUACUCGCGACUAGAAGAAAUUCUAUUGGUACUGCAAAAAGACCAGACAAAAUAUUGAGAGGUCUGAAACAGCAGAUGCAAAAUAAAAGCCGCGCAUCCAAAAAGACAGAGGAACCAAGUGAUCUCAAGGUCAAAGAAGAAAAAGAAGUCACCAACGCAUCAGAAAUGAUCGCUGAACCAGCGAAGCCGGAUGUAGAUAUAGAAACUGGUGAUGACCAGGCGAUCGUAUUAAACAGCGCUGUAGCAAAUGAGUCCGAAAUUGACAAGAGACAGAACAAACUCAACCUAAACAACAGUGUACUGGAUGAUCUCGAGGAGGAGGAGGAACCGCCUUGUACACUUAAUGUUGAAGAAGAACAAAACAAAGGUGUUCAAAGCAUAGAGAGCACUGAACGAGAACUUCUUCAACAUGAGUGCGUACAAUCGAAGAGACAAGAGCAACUGACAGAACCGGAAAGAGACCUCAAGGAGACGGUGAUAAAAAGCCAGAUGUUCCUUAGCACAGCAGAGGCUCUCUUCAAGCUCAACAUACCUGUCAGCUUCCUCCAUGCCGCUGAUCAUGAAAACGAAGUGUCAGGCAAGAAGCUCGUGCUGGACUCCGCGAAUGAAGUGAUGAGGAGAAAGGCAAGGCGGCAUGAAUUCACGAAUAACCCCUACAUGAAGACUGGAGUAAGUAAGGUAAAGAUAAGGUCAUUGGAUGAUUUGGUGAGGCAACUCUGCAAGAACUUGGAAUUGCUGAAAUGCUAUGGAAUGAAUGGGAGUGAUGAGAGUGAUGUGGCAGCUGGACUGCAUAGAAUGCUCAACAAAGACAUUUACAAUGAGGAUCCUGAUGUGAACUGCAUGUGGGAUUUGGAAUGGAGCAGAAUGAUGUCCAUAUUUCCUGAAAUGGAAACUGUGGUAAAAGAUGUGGAAAGACAGAUGCUGAAUGGAUUGCUUGAUGAGAUAACCAGUGACCUUUUAUUAGGUAUAUAACUGUUUUGGUUUGAUUUUUUGAGGUUUUAUAGCUAUAUCUAUUGUGAUUCAUGAUUUUUAAAGAAGGACAGAGUUUUGAAAGUAGAUACAUAGUUAUUGCAUCACAUUAUGUUUAUAGCAAAAUACAACAAGAGAUGACAAGUUGUAAUUAUUAAUUAAACUAGUUUUUGUGGUUGA